CCUCUCACGUCUCCUCUCCCAGGCGCGGAGCAGCAUGUCCGGGAAGCGCGCGGCGAGGAGGAGCCCGCUGCCCGAGGACGGCUCUCCGGAGAAGAAGCGUGUUAAGGUCUGCCACCCGUCGCACCGGGCAGAGCCCGGGCUGGUGCUGACGCUGGGGCAGGGCGACGUCGGGCAGCUGGGCCUCGGGGAGGACGUGAUGGAGAGGAAGCGGCCGGCCCUGGUGCAGCUGCCGGAGAAGAUCGUGCAGGCAGAAGCGGGCGGCAUGCACACGGUCUGCCUCAGCGUGACGGGCAAGGUGUACACCUUCGGCUGCAAUGACGAGGGGGCCUUGGGCCGCGACACCUCCGAGGAGGGCUCGGAGACCAGGCCGGGCCUGGUGGAGCUGGAGGAGAAGAUCGUGCAGGUCUCUGCUGGCGACAGCCACACAGCAGCGCUGACGGAUGACGGCCGCGUCUUCCUCUGGGGCUCCUUCCGGGACAACAAUGGCGUCAUCGGCCUGCUGGAGCCCAUGAAGAAGAGCGUGGUGCCCGUGGAGCUGCAGCUGCGGUCGUCUGUCAUCAAGAUCGUCUCAGGAAAUGACCACCUGGUCACGCUGACCACCGACGGGAGCCUCUACACGUGCGGCUGUGGAGAGCAGGGCCAGCUGGGCCGCGUGCCGGAGCUGUUCUCCAACCGGGGAGGACGGAAAGGGCUGCAGCGGCUGCUGCUCCCUCAGCGCGUGCCCCUCAAGGGCCGGGGCGGCAAGAACAAGAUGCGCUUCCAGGACGCCUUCUGCGGGGCAUAUUUCACCUUCGCCGUCACCCAGGAGGGGCAUGUCUAUGGCUUCGGUCUCUCCAACUACCACCAGCUGGGGACCCCGGGCACCGACCCCUGCUUCUCCCCGCAGAACCUGACGUCCUUCAGGAACUCGACCAAGUCCUGGGUGGGAUUCUCGGGCGGGCAGCACCACACAGUCUGCAUGGACUCAGAAGGUAGAGCCUACAGCCUGGGCAGGGCAGACUACGGCCGGUUGGGCCUGGGAGAAGGUGCGGAGGAGAAGAGCGAUCCCACCCCCAUCCCGGGUCUGCCAAGCGUGUCCUCAGUGGCUUGCGGGGCGUCCGUGGGGUAUGCAGUCACCAAGGACGGGCGAGCCUUCGCCUGGGGCAUGGGCACAAACUACCAGCUGGGCACAGGGGAGGACGAGGACCUGUGGAGCCCUGUGGAGAUGACCGGCAAGCAGCUGGAGAGCCGCGUGGUCCUGUCAGUGUCCAGCGGGGGACAGCACACGGUCUUGCUGGUCAAAGACAAGGAGCAGAGUUGAUGAUGCGGUCGGGCCGGCCCAAGCACGGCGAUAACGCGGGAUGGCUGGGGCUGGGCCUUGGGGGACUGCCUCGUCCGGGCUCCUCCAGCCUGCUGCAGCGUGGGGAGGCAUCCUGGCUCCCUCCAGGGCCGGGGGCAGGGGCUGCGUGGCUGGAGGGAGCCUUUUCAGGGACCCCUGCUCUCUCUGGAAACAGGCACCUGCCCCCCAAGUCUUCUCUUCUUCCUCACCCCUGUUUUAACUGUUUCCCUGGGCCAGCAAAGCUGGGGCUCCUGCAGCUUCAGAGGCCUUGGGCGUCUCAGGUUUGGCCUUCCAUCUCCUCCUCCACCCCGAGCCCCUCCUGGCCUUGAGAGAUCAGGGUUGUUUUUUCCAUGAAUAGGCCAAGCCCAUCUCAUUCGAGGUGAGGUUGAGGCUGCCUGUGCCCCUCACCUUCCUCUCUGCUCCCCCUGGGAAUCCCCCAUGCUGACCCGCGUCCUGGUCCUGCAUGAGAUCUGUGUGCAGAGCAGCUGGGGAUCUGGGGGAAGGGAGAGAGCCUGGAUCUCUCUCUUCUCCCCCAUCCCUUCUCUCAUGCAAGAGCUUUGCAGCGGCUUGAGCUGAAAUGUCCCAGCAUGGGAGCUUGGAGCUCCUCUGCAAACACCACCCCAGGGUCCAGACACUGGCAAAAGCAACCGGCUCCUGCUCCCCGCGUCCGAACACAGCAGCCCUUGGGGGAAUCGGUGCCUGGAGAUCCUCCCAGUUUCCUUCCACAGACAGACGAGGGCUGGGAAGAGGCUUGUCUUCCUGUUGCCCGUCUCAAGUACCUGCUUUUAGAUCCGUCCUUCCCCUGUUCCCAGCAAGUUUGCAGACAGGCUGCAAACCCCCACCCUCCCCAUUUUUGGUGGUGGAUGGUUUUUCUUUUGGUAGUUUUUUAGUUUCUAUCCCCCUGCCCGGGGGCUGUGAUGGAUGGCCACCAUCACUUCUGCCCUGGCAUUAGAUGACUCGCCUCUACCAGCCCUGCUGUAGGCCGCUGGGUCGCAAUGGCUGCUGUUCCCAUGCAUCUAACCGGCCUGGGGGCCGGCCCAUCUCCUGCCCCGCUGUCCCACGUGCCUGCUUUCCAGUACCCUGCUCAGGAGCUGGGGUCCCUCUAUGAACGUUUUACACAUUAAGUUAUAGCAAUAUCGGGAAAGGGGGGCGGAGAUUGUACAAUAGCUCAACCUAGGCUGGAUUUUUUUUAAAUAAAAAAAAAAAAAAAAAGGAAAUUGAAAUAUUUUGGUGGCUUGGUGUAAAAGAGAGGCAAGAAUGUGGAACUUUUAACAUUUGGAAUAAAAUGAAUCUUGUAACCUC